AUGGCUCUCCAUGGCUUGUCAAUGCUGUUUGCUGGCUUUGCUCUCUUUAUUCUUAAUCUUUUGUUGAUGCUUAUGCCCCAUCAUGCCUACGGCCAAAACAAUGCCCCGGCCGUUGGUUUAUGUGAUUCUUUUGUGAGAAUUCAUGGUUACGAAUGCGAUGAGUUUCAAGUGACAACCCAAGAUGGAUACAUCCUUGGCUUGCAAAGAAUACCAAAAGGGCUUAAUACCAGUGGAGAUUCUGCAAACAAGCCCCCAGUUCUACUACAGCAUGGAAUUCUUGUGGAUGGAGCAUGCUGGCUUAUCAAUGCACCAGAACAAAAUUUACCAAUGAUUUUGGCUGAUAAAGGGUUUGAUGUUUGGAUUGCUAACACCAGAGGGACCAGAUUUAGCAGGCAACACACCUCUCUCCAACCCAGUCAAUCGGAAUUCUGGAAUUGGUCAUGGGAUGAAUUGGCAGCAUACGAUCUAUCAGCGGUUAUUGACUAUGUGCACGAACAGACAGGGCAGAAGCUACGUUACGUGGGUCAUUCUCUGGGAACUUUGAUCGCUUUGGCAUCAUUCUCGGAAGGAUUGCUGGUGGACAAGGUGCAGUCAGCUGCCUUGUUCAGCCCCAUUGCUUACUUGAGCCACUUGAAAACUGCACUUGGUAAUUUUGUUGCUAGAUCCUUUGUUGCUGAGGAUAUUGCAUUCUUCGGUAUCGCUGAGUUCAAUCUUUUAGGGGAGCCAGCAAAAAGAUUUCUUGAAACUGCGUGUGCUGCUCCAGGAGUCGACUGCUUUGAUUUGUUAAAUGCAAUUACUGGGAAGAACUGCUGCCUCAAUGCUUCUGCUGUGGAUUUCUUCUUGGAGAAUGAACCUCAAUCCACGUCAACCAAGAAUUUUGUGCACCUUGCUCAAACCGUUCGAGAUGGGGUUGUUGCAAAAUACAACUAUGGGAAUUCUACCAAUAUGAUACGUUAUGGAGCCAGCAAACCUCCAAUUUAUAACCUAUCAAACAUCCCUCAAAAUCUUCCUCUCUUCCUCAGCUAUGGAGGACAAGACGAUCUGUCUGAUACUCAAGAUGUUCAGCAUUUACUAGACAACCUCCAGUCCCAUGAUGUCACAGUUCAGUUCGUUGAGGAUUUUGCUCAUGCUGAUUUCGUUUUUGGGGUCAAUGCUUCAGAUAUCGUUUACAGUCAAGUUUAUAAUUUUUUCGUGAAUCAUCAGUACUGAAACUUUUGUUUACUUGUAAUAGAUUAUUAUCAUGAUUUU